AUGGCCGCGCUUCGCGUCGCAUUCCGCACAGCAUCGUCUUGUAAGGAGUCUCUCCUUCUUUCUUUCCCCUCCCCCGCCCCGCAGAUCAGCCAAGGCCGGGUCGAAAUCCCUCCGCACAUUGUCGCCGAGGCCAUGGCCGCGCUUCGCGGCAACAAGGGCGAGCCGGCGCUAGACGUGCGCUGGUCUGCGCCGAUCUCGGAAAACGAAAUGCGCUACGUCGAAGAUUACGUCAAAGCGCGCUACCCGGCGAUUUUCACGGAGUGCAUUGUGGGGCUUGGCUUCCCCAUGCCGUGCGUGUUAGAAGAGCCCGACGGCGGCGGGUAUCGCGGCGGGAACGGCGGCGGAUACGGUGGGGGGUUGUCCCCCAUGGCGGAACUUCUCGCGAUGGAUGACGAGGAGUGGGACGCGGAGGGGGAAGGGGGAUACGGCGGAAUGGGCGCAGCGGGCGCGGUCUUCGGAAGGAGUAACAGCACCGUAAGCGCGGGGGGGAGCAGCAGCGGAACGGCCUCUCCGCAGUUCCGCGCACACAGCACCAGUCCCACGGCGGCGGGGGGAGGAAACGUGGUUCCGCUGAUGCGCGACUCGCUGCAGCAGCAGAAGCAGCAAAUGGAGCAGCAGAUGCAGCAGCAGAAGCAGCAGGUGGAGCAGCAGCGCAAGAUGAUGCAGCGCAACGGGCCCCCGCCCUCCUUCUCCGCGUCAUCCCCAUCGGAAAACAAGUCGCGGCUCUUCUCGCGCUUCGUCCCCUCGGGAACGGUCACUGCGACUCAGCCGGGGCGCGCGCUGUUGAACCCGAGCAGACUGCGGAGUCGCGACGUGCUGGACCUCUCAAUCAGCGUGAGCGUCACAGAGCUGCAUGCAAGCUGGUACGGCUUCCCUCCCCGUCAUCACCUCCCUCCACUCCCCAUCCCCCCCUCGCAGGACAUCCUGGUGGAGAGUCGCGACGUGCUGGACCUCUCCAUGAGCGUCUCUGUCACAGAGCUGCAUGCGAGGAGGCGCAUUCUGCAGCAGUGCGGCGUGGAAAGUGAGGAGUACCACAUCGUCUUCACGCCCUCGGUGCAGGAGGCCAUGGUGCUCGUGGCUGAGGCGUACCCCUUCCACCGCCACAACGAGGUGGACGAGAGGGAGGAGAGGGACGAGAGUGGGGAGAGGGAGGAGAGUGAGGAGAGUGAGGAGUACCGCAUCGUCUUCACGCCCUCGGUGCAGGAGGCCAUGGUGCUCGUGGCUGAGGCCUACCCCUUCCACCGCCACAACGUGUUCCUUACUGCCUUGGACUAG